GUUGGGUCUGGAGACAUGCUGCGUUGUCCGUCUGUCUGCUCCUCUCAAACAGCAGUACGCUCAGGAACAUGGUCUGGAUCUGGACCAGCUGCUGGGUCCAGGUCCAUACAAAGAGCAAUACCGGGCCAACAUGAUCCAAUGGGGAGAGAGUUGCCGGAACAAAGACCCUGGGUUCUUUUGCCGCCUAGCAACGAGACGAGCCCAGCAGCCCGUGUGGGUGGUGAGUGAUGCGAGGCGGCUUUCGGAUCUUCAGUGGUUCCAGUCAAAGUUCCCUCGUCAGACCCGCAGCGUCAGAGUUCAGUGUUCAGAGGAGACCAGAGCACAAAGGGGGUGGAGCUUUACACCAGGUGUUGAUGAUGCGGAGUCAGAAUGUGGGCUGGACAGCGGUGUUGCAUUUGAUUGGAUCAUAACUAACGAGGCUGAUGCCCCCCUGCUGGAUGAGCAGCUGCAGCCCAUCCUGAAGCUGGCUGAGGAAGCGGCGUCAUGAGCCGAUCACUGCUGAUCAAUAGAUCUGUUAACGUCUGAUUAGCUAUUAGUAUCAGCUUUAUUUGAAACUAGGGAUGGGGCCAAUCCGAUCCAGUAUCGGGCUCCGAUCCAACCU